AUGAUGGCAAAGAGUAAGGAAAAUGUCAGCGAGAUAUUGAGGUCGGUCAACACCGCCGAGGCCCUAGAGAUCCAGAGAGCGGUCGACGAGUGUGUUAAGUUCCAACUGACUAAGAGGCUAGGCAUGCUCGACGGUACUGCAAUAGGUCCCGGCAAUCCAGAGAUGGCCCCUAAGAAGGGGAGGCCGAAGGGUUCAACAAAGCAGGCUACCGGUACCAUCGGCCAAAGUAAAGCUAGAAGCAGAAACCCUGAGGGACAGAUGGGCACAACUCUUAAAAAGACAAGGUUCAGGGAUUCGUACGGGCCUGGGUCUGGACGUGGGAGGAGAGCGAGGGGGGAUGGACAAUCGGCGAGUGGAAACGCCUCGUAGACCUGAGUAUGCUCGCGGCCGGUGUGCGGAUGGCGACGAUGGACUUCGGCUUACCUCGCCCAGUGUCGCGACGUUGGUACACUAAGUUCGUUUCGCAAUACGAGUAUCGUCUUGUGGGCGGUCAUGUGGUCCCCCUUAGGGUUGUGCCAUCGUCUGCGUCUUGUGUUCCAUUCAUAUCCAAAUGUCUUGUGGGAGGUUUCACGUCGCCGUGUGCGGGGCCAAGUGUUGGGCAUAGGCAAAGUUUGGGUCUAAGUUUAGGGCGGGGUUAGACGGAAAAGGUAUAAACGCCUGGGGGAGAUAGAACGUGAGACCUCACCAACACUACCACAACUGCAGUUUAACCAACGCUAACCGGAAACUACAUUACGUUCGGCACUGGCAGUUGCUUCUCAAGUGCUNUACGACUAAAAAGAUACGACCCCUGCCUAACCCAACCCAACAUCUCGCAGACGUCGAAGCAUUGUGCGCAGCGAGCUCUGACAUUAAAAGUCCUACGUUGGGACAACCCCUCUUCGGUUCGCCGUGCCCCCUUGCGAGGGUGUAUCUCGGCAACCACGUGCCGGUCGAGGCGAUGUGAUGGCUUGAAUGAAAGCUGGGAGCCGUGGCAUGACUGCGGUAGUUGUUUGCGGCUGCGGGCGAGACGCUUGGGAGACGAUGUGGGGUGUUGUCCCAAAUUUGGAAUUUGGGACAACCCCUGUUGGGGUCGCCGUGCCCCCUUGCGAGGGUGUAUCUCGGCAACCACGUGCCGGUCGAGGCGAUGUGAUGGCUUGAAUGAAAGCUGGGAGCCGUGGCAUGACUGCGGUAGUUGUUUGCGGCUGCGGGCGAGACGCUUGGGAGACGAUGUGGGGUGUUGUCCCAAAUUUGGAAUUUGGGACAACCCCUGUUGGGGUCGCCGUGCCCCCUUGCGAGGGUGUAUCUCGGCAACCACGUGCCGGUC